GUUUGAUUUGACAGCGACGUGAAUUGCAUUCAUGACGUAAAGUCCAAUUGAAGUGAUUCCUGCAGUUGAGGGUCCCAAGUAAAACGCAUCUUGGAGCAUGGAGGAUCCAGGAACUGAUGGAAGUUUCUGGGAAGUUGUUUUCUCGCCACAUUACGAAGUACUGGGACCAUUCCCAAUCUCGGCACGGGAGCAAAGCGUUUUAUCCCCAUUAUAUCCUAUUCGAAACAUCCGAUCACUUCGCCAUCAGUAUUCUCUACAACGUUUUCCUUCUUCCCUUGUUGACGGUGGUUUUGCUUCUUGGUUGAACUGCGAAGCGUCCUCUGGGGAAUUUAAGGUCGUGCACUCUGGUGUAAGGUGGCAGGAGCUUCGGAACAUCCUAGGAUGGUCUUCCCUCCAAAAUCACUCCGUCGUUCAUACUUCAUUUACAGUCAUGCAGCCCUUGCCCUUCACAGUCAACCCUGAUCAGCCUGUUGCACUUGAGGUCACGCUCAAACAAGGCUCAUACAUCGCCAUCUUGGAAAGGAAUCGUGAAACACAGACCGAAGAUAUGUCUUGGUAUGAGGGAGAUAUCUAUGCACAGAGUUCUUCCCCGCUGCGCCUACCGUUGAGAGCCCUGACCCAAUACGAGGGACCCGUUACUUUCGAUGUUUUCAUAUCUGCCGACUACGAGAUUCGCCUCUUUGGUGAUCCUUUAUGUAAUGAGAGUCGCUCAGAACCGGUAUCUCGGGUCAACUUGAGCCUUAACAUCAUAUCUCCAACAACACCACUCUUUGACGCGCAAUUCACGGUACCAGACAUACUCGGAGGGUUAUUUCUCGGGGAUGUGAUUGGACUGAGGAUUCAAAAUACAAGUCACUGGCGGACUCUAAACGCAAUUACGUGCGAUCUUAGCGAGUUUUCCCUUUCUUUAGAGUUGGACUCGUCGAGAUUGGCUCCCUGGCAGCUUCGAGCAGGAGCAGAGUUGCGAUAUAACAUUCCACUGACACAUCAUUCGAAGCUAGCGUCAGAUCAUGGACCCUCCCGCACGCACUACUUGCAGACGCAUCGUCAUCCUGUAUUAUCGAGCUCGAUCAUCAUCCCCCCUGUCUCGUGUCCUGAAGAGAUCGGUCAUCAAUAUCCUGCGGUGCUCGCACUUCACGGCGCUGGUGUAGAUUUUCGUUCGCCAAUGUGGACAACAGCAAUCAAUCGACAAGAACACUCCUGGAUUGUAUGUCCUAGUGGGCUCUCUUAUUGGGGCUACGACUGGCAUGGUCCUAGCGCUGCAGAUGCCAUUGCUGCUCUGAAUGCACUGAUUUCGCGAGAACCAGGCGGGACCGUACACUUGUGCCAGCACUACCCAGACCUGGUGCUCGGUGCUAUUCCAGUUGCACAGUAUCUUACACCAUCCGCCUAUGUGCCGUUAUCAGGCUCUCAUGGCGAACAUUAUGUGGAUCCGGCCCUAUCUGCAAUUCUACGCGCAUCGACGGCUAAUGGGGACAAUGAUCUCUUCCUUAGUAAUCUAACUGAGAUGAAGGUCCGAAUCUUCCAUGGUGGCGCUGACGAGAACGUACCCGUGUGGCAAUCUCGAAAAGUGAUGGAAACUAUCAAAUUUCAUUCUCAUCGGCCGAUGUCACGUAAGGCUCUCUAGGUCGUUCCCAGAGCAACAUUCAUGCAACCUGCAACCUAGAUUUACUGAACUGCCAGGGAAGCCCCAUUGGUGGGAUGAUCUAAUGCAGACGCCCCCCAUAUCUCAGGCGAUCGGGGAACUAUUGGGGACAGGAAACGAAUAACCAGUCAUAAAGACUUUACAUUAACUGUGCUGUGGCCUCAUGAAGUCGGUUCAAUGAAUGGAUGGAAAAUCCAGGAAACGGCAAUACCGGGACGGUACCUUUCGCUGUACUGACAAAUCGUAACAUGUCAUUCUGACCAGCUUAUUCCAGACUCGCAAAGCUCCAAGUCUCACAAUACAGAGUCGUGAAGACCAGCAACGUAUGGCGUUUCUCGCUAUCGAUAAAACUGUUUCAUCG